ACUGCAUCCUGCCGGCCAUGCCAUGUUUAGUGGUCGGUGUUGCUUGCUGGCGAAAGUAACAACAUGAUGGGAUCUUUUAAGAUCCUGGGCUACAUUUUCUUACUUUUGGCCACUGUGCAGGCGGGCCAGUCCAAGAAAAAACCAGAUCAAUCCAGCGGAAGAGUCAAAGCAUCGCAAAAGGUUGGUCCUGAAACAGGAGUCAGGUCGGCGGGGGAAGUUCGAAGGCCCAACUCACGAAGAUUAAUCGACCAAGGGGAAGAUUUUGUUGAUCCUGGCGAGCGGAGGGCUUCAAUGAAGGGUCGAAGACCUCCACCGCGAUACUUCUCUGCAGACCAGUAUUACUCUGAAGAUGACGACUGCGUUUGCGUUCAAAACAGAUAUUACGACGAGUACGCCGGCGUCCCAGUUUACGCGUUCAUGUUCAUCGGAAGACCUUCUAGACUGCCCCCACCCAGGUACUUUGGCUAUUAUGGUGGCGUAAUGGGACCUCCGAGGAAGAGGAGGCCGAUGAGAACCACCUCGCCUCGCUACACCAACUCGUCGUCAACGGCCAUGGCUUGGAACUUGACAAGCAGCACUGGAGGAGCUUCAACCAUGUCCUCGGGUGGACAAAUGACGAACAGCGUCGGAUCCACCCUCAGCAACGCAACCACGACUUCAAUUGGUGUCACUUCUACUACAACUUCAACCGGCAGCUCUACCACAACUGCAUCUGCGACAACCGGUUCAACUACAGCAACAUCAGGGACCACCAUUUCUGUAACCAGCUCCUAAAAACACCAAAGAUUGAGACAAAAUUUGGUGCUGAUUUUAGGAAUGAAAUAUAUUUCAAUUUUAAAAGAAUGAUUAAAAUAUUGUCAAUCUCUACUUUUGCGCAAAAUAUUUUAUUGUAUGGGUGAUUUUUUUAGGCACAAUUUACUAAUUUUUGAUGAAAUUUUACA